CAAAGAAUAAAAUCGCCGCAGAACUGCUCAGAGACCUGAUCAGGCUAGGAGCGACAGCGACUUCUCUUGCCAUGGCGCCUUUACAAUAUCGACGUUCUGUCCCCAAGGAUCGAUUCUCGACCCUGUUCGGCGCCCUCAGGACCCAAACGUACCACGACCCCGCGACAAGAGGCCCUGGCUCGCAUGCUGUCCGUACAUUAGCUUGGAGUCCAACAGGCACAUUCAUUGCAACAGGCUCCGUGGAUCGGACAUUGCGGAUAUGGAACCCGGAAAAGGCAAAUGUCAAGUACAGCACCGACUUGCGCGGCCACAGCGGCACGGUCGAGCGAGUCGCAUGGAAUCCCGUAAGGGAAGCAGAGCUUGCCAGCGUGAGCGCUGAUGGUACUGUACGAUUCUGGGAUGUGCGCAGCAAGACUUCUGUCGGAGAGGCCAAGAUUGGCGGCGAAGGAUUUUCGAUCGCAUGGGCGCCGGACGGCUCCGAAGUUAUUGUCGGGAGAAAGGAUGAUAUGCUUGUGCCCAUUUCCCUCGCCACUGGCAAGCCCAGUCAACAGCAAGCGGGGAUCCAACAGGACGUGCAGACGAACCAGACUACGUUUUCGCAUACCGGGCAAGAAUUGCUUCUCACCACGGGCGAAGGCAAAGUGAAGAUACUCGAUUACCCGUCUCUGUCUCCACUUCACACACUGAAUGCGCACACGGCAGCGUGUCUGGCGCUGGAAUUGUGCCCACGAGGAAAAUAUCUCGCCGUAGGAAGCUCCGAUGCAUUGGUCACUCUGUGGGAUACGCAAGACUGGGUUUGCAAGCAUAGUUUAGGCGCAAUGGUGGGCGCGGUGCGCAGCGUCGGGUUCAGCUUCGACGGCAGCUUCAUCGUUGGCGGUAGCGACGAGGGGACCGGUCUCGAGAUUGCACACGUCGAAACGGGCGAAUACGUACACACUGUACAGACCGCGCAUCCCGCGCCUUGCGUCGCAUGGCAUCCGUCGCGGUACUGGCUGGCCUAUUCGGGCGAUCCAGUCGGUUUGAAGAUUGUCGGAGCUGCCGGGGGGAGCUUAUAA